AUGCACUACACCAGCCAGACACAACAGCAGCAAAACCCCCAUCAGGCAAAGCGACGGUCACGAAGGAGCGGAGAAAACAACUGGACGCUCUGGUCGAAAUGGACGCUCGUGACUGCACUCGCGAUCACAGCCGCAGCAUACGCAGCUCUCUGGCGAUACGUCCGCCCAGCAGUACACGCACCCUCGCCGGGACCACACAAUGGACCUGCUAGGACCGAGGCGGCCCCGUUGCGCGGGGACGCUAUCUUCAGGCCCGAUCUCCACGCCUGCCCAACAAGUACCUGGUUGAUGACCCAUCCGCAUGCAUGCCCCCGUGGCCGUGUGCGGGACCCUCCGCUCUACUCUACUCUACAGUAUACCGCGAACCUGAAGGAUGGUGAACGGACUACCAGGUUGAUGACCUAUCCGCAUGCACGCCCCUGUGGCCGUGUGCAGGACCCCCCAAUCUACUCUACUCUAACCACUCUCCAUAGAUGGCCGCACCAGAGGGAAGCAGACGCUGCGCCGGAUAGAAUGGAGACUGACUCCACACACCGCCCGGACCGGGCCACACAAGUGAGACACGCCUUGGAGCAGGAGGAAGUCCUUAGGACUCGACAGGCUGACGAAGAUACAAGGGGCGCGCGAAUAGCGAGGGGGAAGACAAGUCAGUGGGAGAUGGAACACGGCCCGCUGCAUGGCGCCCGGAACGAGUCCACACGAGUCAGAGUUCAGAACAAAAGGUGCCCCCGUCACCGAAGGACUGGCACACAGUCCAAAACAUCAUACCCCCAGGGGGGACCGAUACCAGGACAGCGCCGAGCCGAACCGGAACGCGAUACGGAGGGCGUCUGCUACUCGUCAGAAGAUAUGGACGGCAUGGACAGUCACAUAAACGGAGGGGACGCGCUGCAGACUGGCAAUCCCACACCCCCCCCCUACCACCCAUCUCAGCACGGACCCCACCGAGCCCGCGAACAACACCUUUCCCACGAUUCAGCCGAGAUGGACACAGAGAAGCCUGACGACCUCGCGAACUACCUCGAGCAAGCCGGACAGGCAGCGGCGCACGAGACCCAACACCUGCCCCCGCCUAAAAAACCCAGGACAGACCGUCGCACGGACUCGGCCAGGGACAACGACAUUCUCGAAUGCCUGGCGCUCACGGUAUUCGGUGCCCCGCAGGGCCCAGAUGAUUCGGAGGACUCAGCACUCAAAUGGGGAGAACGCCUCGUCACUACUAUGAGAGACGAAGGGAGCGAGACCGCCAAGUGGUUCAGAGCUCUCUGCGGGAACCCCAGCGCGCGAGGCAACCAGACUACGGUGCGCAUGGCCUUCACCACGACGGCUAUAAUGAAGAACCAAGCCACUCUCGACAACCUGCGCCGUUUUAACACCGAACUCCACAGCAAGGGCGCCCACUCGUACUACGCGAACGGUGGAUCGGGAGGAGACAGGCGGAACAUGUUCAGGGUCGCGUUCAUCCCGGGUGACACCGGGCCUCAAACUCCUCCAGCGGACUUCCACAAGGCAGUGCAAGCGACGCUCAAGGCACGAGGCAUGAGAUGCCAAGCGACAUGGCCGGCUUCAUCGCUGGGCACGGACACAGCGGCUAAUGGUACUUUCACAUACCCCCCCGAGAUCGACGCCGCAGUCAAACUCAACCCGUUCAAACCUGCUAUAGUGCCGUGGUCCUUCACCGUGGAGCAUCAUCAAGGCCACAUUCCCACGACCUGUCCGACGUCCAUUGUGCUCAAGAACGUCGCGGACCUCGAGGACGAGAGCCUCGAAGAGUGGGUGGAAGACGCCCGCCAUGAAUACGCGGAGAAAUUCCCUAAUCGAGAGGGCUAUGCCAUCAAGAUGUACCGUUACAAGUCGGACACGGUGGCCGUGAUAACCACCAACUCGAUGGAGUUCUCAAAGUUCUUGUGUAUGUUCCAAGCCCCCGCAGGCGUAGACACACCCCUGUUCCUGUGGCGGUUCAACCACAACAACCUACGGACGAAGGAGGAAAUGGAGACUGCCGCAAACCGCCGUAACAACGGCCGCGUGGCAUCAGUGGUCGACAACACUGCGCAACUUGUGGGGGCGACGGAGGGCAUUACGGCUAUGGUCAAAACAGUGCACGAAGAGAUGAGCGAAGACCGUCGCAUGUUCCGUCAAGAGAUGAGGGAGGUCAGGGAGCAGAUGUCGGCACAUCAGAACCAGAUUAUGGCUCUGCAGACACAGGCGAUUCAGGACAAGCAAGCGACGCAGCGCAGCCUCGUGGCGCUCACCCUCAUGCAGCCGCUCCACGCCCAACUCGAUCGUCUGAAGGCCGACAUAGAUCGCAUUGAGGAGCGCGUCGAAGAAGGACAAGGCACGCCAGCUAUGCAGGCACGCCUACAGAAGAAGCAAAUGGAAGCAGGAAAGAUUGAAGCGCAAAUCGCCGAACACACCAAGACAGUAAAGGACAGCUGGCUCGAGAACACAUCGACCCAAGCGCCGGCCGGCAUCGAACUCGAACCCCUCCUCACCACGGACGAUGCACGGGCGGCGAUCGCCGGUGAACAGAUGAAUCUCGACACGCCGGAACCGGGCAACGCCGAUCAAUGGCCAAGGAUCGAACACGUAAGCAAACCGCGGCCAGACAUAACUGAUCUUGCAGAUCGACGACUGAAAUUUACACGUUUGGACGCGGCUACCUCCGAUAACCCUGACAUCACAAUCUUUGUACUCAUUUUCAUUCUCGCUACCGCAACACAUAAAACAUACAUAGCCCGAUUAUGCAUACUUCUGUACAUGGUCGAAUGCGUCAAGGCAACAGGAGGACAGCCAGUCGCCCUGCACUUGAACACAAAUGGCAUGGGAUCAUCCACGAAGAUCACACAGAUCAUUGCUCUGAUUCGGUCCCUAACCCCGAUGGUCUGGGCAUUGACGGAAGCGCAGACGUGCCGAGGACCGGAUGCCAUACUCCAAACGGCGAUGACCCCCCGAUACAGAACAUACUGGACACAAGGGACUGAAGGCAAAAAGGGCAUCGUCGUCGGCCUGGACAAACGUUUACACGCAUUGGUUGUGCCCACCAAAGACUGCUGGAGAGAUAACAUUCUCACCGUGGACAUCCGCAGGAACUCCACGAUGCCGCACGACACUCGGCUCAUCGUUAUCUAUGCCCCGCAAUUGUCAGACCCAAGGCUGAAAGACUUCUGGGGGGAACUCCAAGAUCUGACAAACGAUUGCCACAGAUGGAUGAUCCUGGGGGACUUCAAUGCGCUUUGUGACGCGAGAGAGGCCUGUGACGGUCACGCCGGAGCAAACGGCUGCCCACCUUACCGUGAUUUUCUGCAGAAGACCGCGGGACGCGACCUGUGGACGGAGCGCCAACAUAUUGACCUGGCCCAGGAAUAUACGUGGGCGAACGCGACGUCGAGAUCGAUAAUCGACAGGGCGACGGUCUCCUGGCCAACCCCCACAUGUGACAUUCAGACGGUGAGCACUCCACGAACUGACUCGGACCAUAGACCGAUACGAGUGGAGGGCUGGAUGCCCUCCCCUGGCAACACACCCCUCUUGCGUCGCCGCCCCCUCAAACCCUCUUACACAGACGCGAGAAACGACGCGUUCAGAGAAUUGAUGGAAAACGCCUUCGACAAUCCAAUCACGGAGAUAACAGAAGACACUCAGUUCGACAACCGCUACGAAACGUUUGAUAAAACGCUGAGCGCAGCAACACAAACAGCGUACCAAUGGGUGAAUCUGCAGCACAAACAGAAGACAAUUCAGAUCCACAUCCAGCGACUCAUCUUUAAAAUGAGGACCUUGCGGACGGCGGCGAGACUGGGCCCGACCAACGCAAGUGGAGAGGGGCGACGCGACUGGACAGCUCAACAGACCCGGUGGACGAGACAACUCCAGGGCGAAACGUGGGCGGAAACGGCGCGUCGACUCCGCAGACAAGCUGACGGGAUACGGAAGGAGGUUGUCCGGAGCCAGGAGAAGACAGACAGGGAUUGGUUGAACAAGAAGAAAGACGAGAUAUUACAACAACUGAGGAAGACGGGCUCGACAGCGCGCAUCUACCCAAAGCCUACGCAAGGAGUUCCGGAGGUAGUUCGGGACACAGACGGUACACAGUGGCGACAAGGCCAACCUGAAUUCGACCGCGCAUGGGAACAGCACUUUCGAAAGCUGUUCCACAGGGAAAAGGUUGUGCAAGGCCCGAAACCUUGGAUGCAAAGUCGCGUCGCCGAAGCUUUCCGACAGGCAUCCGGACAGCGACCUUUCGCAUGGCCGCAGCCAAUGACAAUAAGCGACCUUGACGGAGUGCUGCGUGCAGGGAAUCCAUCCCCGGCACCGGGCCCGGAUGGAUGGGAGAAGUGGUGCAUGGCUAGACUGGGUCGGAAGGCGAAAACCGAAGUGCUGGCACUCGCGAACUACAUCAUUACCCAUGAUUACUUCCCCCCCUAUCUCAAUACGCAUCUCCUCAUCCCGAUCCCAAAAAAGGGGGAUCCCUUUCGCCCAGACAAUUACAGGGGCAUCAUGCUGGCCAAUCACCUGGUGAGCCUGACUGCUGCGUGGACGGCCAAGCUAUUACAGCAUCAUGCAAACAAGGGUGGGUGGAUUCCCCAGACACAGGUGGCCACGCAUGUGGGUGUUGGCCCGCACUUGCUAACCAACGCGUUGCAAUUGUGGCACGCCUUGGAAUACCAACGGCGAACAAAGGUGUUCGUGAUGAAACGCGACCAGAAGAAGGGUUUUGACUAUUUGCCAUCGGACAUCAUCGAAGAUGUGGCGCGUUUCUACGGCCUACCGCAGACUCUUGUAGCUUUUGACAAGGCGAGAAAACGUCACAUUCGGGUCACACUCUGCGUGGCGGGAAGGGAGGUCGCCACGUUCGCAGUGCCGGGGAUUACUGCACAGGGAAAUGCUCUAUCUCCGAUCAUCUUUGUCCUCGCAGCGGCCAUGGGACAACACUGGAUACAGGAAAGUCAGGCCCAGAGAGAGAUGACGCUAUACAUGCACAUGGCGGCGGGGAUGGAUGAUACACUGACUUUCGCCAGAUCCUUACAAGAGUUAAAACGAAAAGUAGACUCUCUAGAAUACUUCCAAUCCCAAUACGGCAUGCAGACGGACUGGGAAAACGACGAGAAAACGACCCUCACGGUCCUCGGCAAAGACAACGGCCUAGUGCAUGAAUGCGUGAUUGCGACACGCGACGGCCCCAAAAGAAUGGUCAAACACGACUGUCUGAUCUUCCUGGGAGCGAACAUCACCGAGGGCCCACAGGCGAAGUCCCUGCAAGCACUGGUGAGAGCAGCGGUCCUACCGAUGGUAGGGGGGAGACUGACCCCACACGUGCUGAAUCAGGUCCUCAAGACUACGUUGGUGUGCAAGAUCAAAGCCAGAAUGCUAAUCCACUUCCCGCAACAACGCAACUUGAGCGGCGAGCUCGCGGGAAGACUGAAUGAAUAUUAUGGCAUGUUCUUUCCCAUAAGCCGCCGACAAUACAUGGCACCAUUGACGUCCGGGGGUUUGAAUUUUGUCGACCUCGAUGCCAUGGCUGAUGACUGGGCGAUGGGUCUGUUACAUGCGAUGAUACACUGCGACGUGCCGCCGAUUAGGCUUAUAACUAGAAAGGCGCUGGAUGGAUGGAUGGAACAGCGACGAGUGACAGACCUCGGAACGGGCAGGGCGCCGUCCGCCAAAGACCGGAAAGAUUAUCCACUGUUCAGCAGAGUUGAAGACGGUCUACGCGAAAGACACCUGACGUGGGGACCGAACAAGUACACAGACAACUUUUACCAACCGACGCUUAGACAUGUGGUUUCGGCGAACCGGACACCGGAUGCUACAAGGUUGGAAUGGAAAUGGGCCACGGACGCCAGCAGGAAGCCAGCCACUGCUGCCUUGCGACACGACGCGAAGGUGACCAUUGCAGUCACGGGGCCUGUAGAGUAUGCCACCGCUUUGUCAACCCCAUAUGCCAGUAUUGCGGAUGGAGAAGCGGCGGCGUUGCAAUGGGCGCUCGUGGCGGACAGUGAACUCAGAAGGAGGUCGGGUUUUGCAGGCAAGUCGCGUUUCAUCACGGAUCACAAAGCCCUGACUAGGUCAAUUCCUUUGACACCUAAAGAAGUGAGGUCAGGGGCUCAGAGGAACUUCUCGAGGUGGAGAGAGGCCUUCCUGAGGGACAAACCGUACCUUAGCAUUGACUUCCAGAAGGCACAUACGAAUAGUAGAACGGAAGAAGCUAUGAUGAAUGCUCGGGCUGAUCAUCUCGCAGCGGCAGCGCAUGAGCGACCGGAGAGAGUGGUAAUAGAAGGAGUGCCCGACCAUUGGACGAUGCAGAGACACGGGCUGAACAUGGCGCAUAGCUCGGUUAACACCGUGACCAGGGAGACGAGGAUCGAACUCAGUGAGGAGGUGGCCAGAAAAGAUUGGGUGUGGUACGAUAAACAUGUCGGGGCAUUGAAUAACCAGCCGACGACUUGGUUCUCACGGACGUCAACACAUUGGGCCAUCAUGACGGUGGCGCUGACAAGGGCGAGGCAAUUACCUACUCCGAAACGUCUGUGGGAGAGGGGCCUUCUUACAAAUUGGAAGAGACAGUGGAUAGGAGAAGUAGAGGGGCUCUUACAGCGACAACUGGCACGGUAUCCGGCGCUGAAACGGUGGUUGGAGACACUGUUUGAAGAUGGCCAUGGGUGGUUCCAGGGACACAACUUGUACUGGUUGGCGUUGAUUCCAGAUGACAUGCCGGAGAGGCUGUUCGAGGUUGUGGUGGAGCGCGCUUUCACCGAGUACCUCUACGCCACACCUGGCGCGCCAUGUCAAAGGCAUGAAGACAUUCGCGACUCCUCCAUCCCUGCGGAGGAGUUCGAGUUAACGGGACCGGCCCUCGCACCGACGACAUCACGCACCCCUCGACAGAAGACCUUGACGCUCAACCCGAACUCGUCGUCGACUCUCCUGUUCUCCGCUGCCCCUACCACGGCGCACAGACGGCCGAGGCGGACUAGCUCGAACCCUAUCAAGUCUGGAGCCGAUUCUGAGGGGUCUAGGGUGUACAGCCGAAAUCACUUCCUGCAAGAUGACCUCGACCAAGGGGCAACCGAGGAGGUUCACGUGCCGGAUUUCGCUCAUAUCCUGGGUUUGCAUGACCCCGGAGAGGACUCGUUCAACAUUGCGUCGAACAUGAGGAGCAGAUGGAAGAGGAAACUGUAUCUUCUCAUGGAGGAUCCGAGCAGCGGCCGGGAAGCGUUCUUCAUCCACGUCACUGUCACUGGCGCGAUUCUUUUCAGUGUUGCGCUCACGACCAUGUUGACUCUGCCGGUGUUCAACACGAACCCAGGUGCGAUCAAGGCUCUCUUCGGACUCGACACGGCGCUGGUCGUCCUCUUCACGAUCGAGUACAUCGCACGAUCUUUGGCGCACAGCGACUCAUGGUCGAUGUACUACAACUGGGUGACUUCGUUCUUCGCGAUCCUCGAUCUGCUGUCGAUUCUGCCCUAUUACAUUGAGCUGGCGCGCCAGGAUGACACAUCGACACUGUUCCGCUUCUCGAUUCUGCGUACAUUUCGUCUGCUGCGCGUGUUCCGCGCAUUCCGCUACCAAAACCAGAUGCUCCUGACAAUUGAGGUCAUGUACGUGGCAGUGAGGCGCUCCAAGGACGCCCUCAUCGCUAUCUCGUACUUCAUUGUUCUCGUGCUGGUGCUCUUCUCGACAUUGAUCUACUUCGCGGAGCGCGGAACUUGGGAUCCAACCCUGGGCGCUUUCGUCGACUCGGACGGAGAGGUAUCACCAUUCUCCAGUAUUCCGGAGACGACCUGGUUCUGCCUGGUGACCAUGAGCACGACAGGGUAUGGUGACGUGACGCCCAAGACCGCCCUCGGCAAGAUCUUGGCAGUCCCUCUGCUUUUGUUCGGCCUGCUGCUCAUUGCACUGCCCUCCUUCGUUUUGGGGCGCAACUUCGCCAUCGUGCACGAUGCCAUGGUGGCUUCUGCAAAACAUAGAAGCCCCCGCGACUCUAUUUCGGAGGCGGGGACACCGAUCCAAUCCUCGUUGACUCCCAUCGAAGAAGCGGAGAGCUCGUCUGCUCCUCUGUUGCCGUUAUCUGCGCGAUCGGCGCAGUCCAACAGCAGCAGCAGGGAUCGCUCCCCGGCGCCCGGCAGUGGGUUCCACGAUGGCCAUCCAAUGCAGAUGCCGAUGUGGGCAGGAGACGCAUCAGCAGGACGAUCAGCACCGGCCCGUGAUACUCGGGAUCUGACGAAUACGAAGCUGGCUAAGAACCAGUAUGUGCUGCUUGAGCAGAUCGAGUCUCUGAGGAAGACGAUAGACAAGCAGGGCGAAAUGCUCGAGAUCUUGACGAAGGCUCUCGUGGAGGUCAAGCAGGACAAGGGGAAGGGGAAGGCCCCUGAGUACGACCACGAGCACGACGACUGA